AUGAGGAUUAUGAGGCCGACUUUAGUCCUUCUACAGUCACAGUGUCUCCUGUGUGUGUUUGUGGCCGUGUGUGUGCCCAGUGCUGUGGGCUCGCUACCUCACGCACUACCAUGGCAUGUCUCCUGCCCGGUGCGGUGUGUUUGCCAGAUCAAGCCGUGGUUCUCCCCUGAUUCGGUCUACCAUGAAGCUCCCACUGUGGACUGCAAUGACCUGCUGUUGACCAAGCUCCCGGUACCCAUACCCCCGAACACGCACACCCUGCGCUUGCAGAGUAACCUGCUGUCUGAGAUCAACACUGCGGUGUUGCAUGGUCUCCCCAACCUCACCGACCUUGACCUUUCCCAGAAUCGUUUCAGCCAUGUCAGGACAAUUACUCAGAGCUCCUCCCUGCCCUCUCUUCUGUCUCUUCACAUGGAGGAAAACCAUCUUGGUCACCUCCCCAAUGCCUCUUUCUCCUCACUGCCAGCUUUGCAGGAACUCUUUCUCAGCCACAACAACUUACAUUCAAUAGCACCUGGAGCCUUCACUGGUCUGGACUCCCUGCUGCGCCUUCAUAUCAACAACAACAGACUCACCACUAUUGAUCCUCGGUGGUUCAGGGCUUUGCCCCGUUUGGAAGUUCUCAUGCUUGGGGGAAACCCGGUGGAGGCCCUUCCUGAGCGAGGCUUCCUGGCCCUGAAAUCCCUCCGGAGUCUUGUCCUUGGUGGCAUGGGUCUAAGAGGCCUGGCUGAAAAAGCACUGGAAGGGUUGGAUGGCCUGGAGAGCCUCUCCUUCUAUGAUAACCUGCUGACAAAGGUCCCCACACAAGCCCUGAGAAGAGUUCCAGGACUUAAGUUUCUAGACCUCAAUAAGAACCGCAUCAAACUUAUCGAGACAGGAGAUUUCCGAGACAUGAUCCACCUGAAGGAGCUCGGCCUGAACAACAUUGAGGAGCUUGUUUCCAUUGAGAGAGCCGCCCUGGAGAAUCUUCCAGAGCUCACCAAGCUGGAGAUCACCAACAAUCCACGUCUGUCCUACAUUCAUCCUCAGGCUUUCCUCCAGCUGAGCAGACUGGAGAGUCUGAUGCUCAACUCCAACUCUCUCAGCGCUCUGCACCACCACAUCAUGCUCUCCCUGCCCAGUCUUCAGGAGGUCAGCUUACACUCCAACCCACUACGAUGUGACUGCCUGUUUCAGUGGGCCGCUGAGGAGGCCUCUCACUCUCACACCGAGAAAGACACGCAAACAGAUACACAAGCAGCUCGGGUAGUGCGCUUCAUCCAGCCCCAGGCCACCUUGUGCUCUGAACCACCAGAGCUGAGAGCUCGCAGGGUGAGAGAGGUGUCCUCCAGGGAGAUGUCGGCCUCCUGCCUCCCCAUGAUACCUGCCAGCUCCCUCCCCUCCUAUGUAGGAGUAAGAGAAGGGGGCAAACUGGUUUUGCAUUGUAGAGGUCUUGCAGAUCCACAGCCUGAAUUGUACUGGGUGACCCCCUCUGGGCUGAGACUUGGUCCUGCACCCAGCCAUGUAACCAAAAGUUUACCAGCUUCUGCUCCCUGCCACAGCCUGACAUCCUCUGAAGGAUUCAACCACACAUCUGCCUCCAGCGUCUCUCACAGCCAUGCCCAAGAUGAUAUUCCCUGUAACCCCUCCGAACACUACCAGCUCCUGCCUGAGGGAACUCUGGAAAUCAACAAAGUCACUCCCAGUGAAGCGGGAUUGUAUACCUGUGUAGCUGAGAACACGCUAGGAGCAGAUACACGCAGUGUUACUGUGGGUGUGCACAGCAGAGAAAAGAAAAGAGAAAGGGGCACGUCUGCUAAUCUGAAGGGCUUUCCAUUAUUCAGACAAGAUGCCAGGUUGGAGGUGAGGGAGGUCAGACAAUACUAUGCUAUCCUGUCCUGGCAGAGUGGGCGCAACCUCCCCUCAACUCGCCUGUCCUGGCAAGCCAUUUACUCAAAUGCCCACACUCCGACAUACACCACACGCAUCCUGGCUGGCACGCAGAGUUUCAACCUGACCCACCUGCAGGCAGGGACAUUUUAUCGCGUGUGUCUACAUUUAGGGAUGAGUGAGGAUGCCAAGCAUGUCAACAGGAGGUCAAGAGAGAGCAGAAAGCCUCAGUGUGUUUCGUUCAGGACAAAGGAUGUCCCAGAGCCUGAGCCCAGCCUGCAGCUAAGCCCAGAGCUGACCUCCACAGCAGUUACACUUUUGCUUCUCGCACUCAUACUGCUGCUGCUGGCAGGCCAAGGCUGGGACACUCAGCCCAGUGAGGGGGCAGAAAAGCUCCACACUACCCUCCUCCAGGAAAUCAAAAAUCCCAAGGUUCUGAUCAUCAAUCAGAAGGCAGACGGGAGCAACGAAUAUCAGCCAAAGCAGAACGAGAAACUGCUCUUACAUGAGGCCUGCUGA